AUGGCGAGUGUACAACAAUUGAGGACUUCACAGGAAGUUCAGCUGACUCCGGACCAGGUGGUCACAGAGCAGCAGUCCCUGAUCGUCAUGAAAAAGCUGCUGGCCAUCGCCGUGUCUGGCAUCACAUACCUGCGAGGUAUUUUCCCAGGAAAGGCCUACGGGAAGAAAUAUGUUGACGGUCAGGAAGUGGUGAUCCUUCGUGAGGAACACAGCUGCCCUGGCGUCAUUCAUAUUCUUCACUGGAUGCAGGGCUGCUUCGAGGCCAUCCAGAAGAAAUAUCUGCGAUAUGUCGUCAUAUCUAUUUCAGCCGACCCUGAGAAUCCCCAGAAAGUGCUGGAGGUUUACCAAUUCAAGAUCCAAUAUAACACUGGAGGGGCGCUCAUGGACUUUGAAAGCAAUAACAACAGCAAACUGUCCAUGUCCUGUGGAAACACGAAGGCCGCCAGCAUUCUGCUGGUGAGAAAACUCUACACUCUGAUGCAGAAUCUGGGUCCGCUGCCCGACACCGUCUGUCUCAGCAUGAAGCUGGCUUACUACGAUGACAUCACUCCUCUGGACUACCAGCCGCCGGGCUUUAAGGAGGCAGAAAGCGGGACGAUGGAGUUUGAGUCUGAGCCGCUCAGGCUGACCAUGGGUGAGGUGGUCACUCCUUUCCACUCCCUGAAGCUGGACAUGACCACAGAGAGACGCAGAAUUGACCAGGUGAACAGCAGCGACGCUGUGACGGACAAGUGGACGCUGGAGGUGACCGAGAACGAUGAGGAGGAAGAGCUCACGCAGAGUCAUGCGCCCGAAGCUGUGGAGGAGCCUGAUAAUACCAACGCUGACCUCGAUAACACCAAAAUUCCCGAAAACGCAAAGACGAAGCAGCAUGAGGACGUGACAGAGGUGAACAGUGCUGGGAAGAAGACCCCCAUCAUGGAGCCGUGGGUGAUGAGGACCAGGAGCGGACGGAUCAUCAAGCCCCCCAAGGUCUCUGGAUUUCACAUCCCCAACAGCCAGGAGGCGAAGAGCCCAAAGAAACGCAAGCUGAGCGAGCCCAAAAAGAAUGAUGUGUAACACAGUCUCACACACACACACACACUCGGCGUCACUUCAGGUUCCUCUUUCAUGAGUUACAUUCCUCGUUCAGUUUUAAGAGGAGGCUGCAGUUUGGAACGGACUUACUGUUGUAUAACAGCGUUAUUAUAGUUCAGCGCUUUUUAAUGUGGGAUUUGAAGAAAAUGUUUUGCUGUUCAGUGUGAGUUCAUUUUAAGAUUAACUGUUCGUUGUAUAUAAAGCUAGAUUUCAAACUUGAAUAAAAUUUGAACGUGCAUCCAGUGUCAUAUUAUAGCAUUGAAGUUGCACAUUGUGUGUUACAAUUAGAUUUUGAAUAUUUUUGCCACAGUUUGACUUGUACAUUUGUUUAUUAUUCUAAAUAUUUAUCCCACUCGACUGGACAGGCCAGUAAAUAAUUCUAGAAUUAAAAAAAGCACAACUCCUAAUAUCUUUCUUUGUUCAGGUGUAACGGAACAGAAAUCCUGAUGAGCUGAACUUAUUCACCUCAUGAUAAAUAAAAUGUGUCCACAGUGGUUUGAAAUACUGUCUUAAUUUCUCACGAAUUCCACCUGGUGGUCCGGAUGGCACUCUGGCGGUCCAGAAGCGGCCCACGGGCCUCAUGUUUGAC